CCGUAACCCCUCCCACACACUUCUUCCCCACCCACUCACCUCACCCAAAUCGAUCCAGCCUGCGAUCGAUCGAGAGCUCGCGCACCCCUCAUCUCCCAGCCAUGGCAAACCGCUUCGCUGGCCUCGACCCCACCUGGGCCCACCUCCCGACGCCGGCGCCGACCCACGCCGCCGCCAGCCACUGCUGCUCCUUCCCCGCCGCUGCCUUCGAGAACAAGGCGCUCACCUCCGCGCUCCGCGCCUCCAUGGCGCCCGCCCACGCCUACGCCUACGCCGCCGCCGCCGCCGCCUCGCCCUUCUCCUCCCCGGCCACCCCGUCCUCCUCGACGACCUCCUCCGCCUCCGAGCUCCUCUCCAGCGGCCACGACGCGCCGGCGCCGUCGUCCGGGCCCGCUGGCCGCCCGCCGGCUCGGGCCCUGAAGGGACCUAAGGCCGGCCGCGUCAGCAAGCGCAAGCCGCGGCCUUUGCGGCGCCCGCAGACCACCUACAUCACCGCGGACCCGGCCAACUUCCGCCGCAUGGUGCAGGAGGUCACCGGCCUCCCCGCCCGCGUCCCAGCAGGUCCUCCCUCCUCCGUCGCCCCGGAGCGCACCGCCGCCGCCGCGGCGCCCAGCUGGACGCUGGCGCCCUCGUUCGUGCUCCCGACGCUUGACACGUCCGCGUUCCUCCUCGACCGCGCCGCGCCGGCGCCGGAGGUCAAGAGCUCGAGCCGCGGGUACGCGCCGGCCGCCACGGCCCCCACCGCCGCGGCAGCAGGGAACGACGACCCGUUGGCGCUGCUGGUGCAGAUGGAGGCGAUGAUCGACUUCCCGACCCUGGAGAGCUGGGGAAUCAUCUGACGGCGCGACGAGCUGGCGCGCGGAGGGAGUAAAGGCUGUGAUCCGCAAAAAGUGGUAAAAAAGUUCCCAUCGGAUUCUGUAGAACACUGUAACAUUUUUCAUUUGUUUAUGGUAAAUAUUAUUUUAUCAUAGGCUAACUAGGCUCAAAAAAUUCGUCUCGCAACAUACAUUAAAACUAUGCAAUUAGUUUUUUUAUUUAUCUACAUUUAGUACUUCAUACAUGCAUGAAGCAAAAGAUUUGAUGUGAUAGGUGAAUAGUGAAGUUUGGAAAGAAAGAUUUUGCAACUAAACACAGCAAAUCUUUUGCGGCAGUUGGUAGUUGAUCAUUUCGCUCUUGUCUGUCCAGAGCUUGGUAGCAACCUGUUAGGGUAGUUUUUGGCCCGUCUGAUGUGAGGAUCGGACGGCUGUCAGCCGGUGCCUCGAUGAUGUUAUGCUACUAGUGUACUAGCAGACUAGCAGUAGCAACCAUGGAGUUUUUGGAUGCCCUGUAAAGCAAGUAGUGUUAGGCUAGUAAGCGCUGUGGUUUAGCUUCUGCAUGACAUGGCUGUCAUGGUUCCUUCUCGACUUCUCGUUGCUUGUUCCAUAGAUUGUCCUAAUCAUUCUCGAAUCGAUUCUUUA